AUGCAUUUGACACAGGGAAGGUCUUUGGGUUUUCCCUCAGCGGUGAGGAAGCCUUCACACAGCCGAAGGAGUUUCUUCCACCUCUGUCUCCAACAUCCCAAAGGGCCUUUGGCUGAUAAAGAGCUGGAGCAGCCUCCCCCAGGAUGGACUUGCCCCAGGGUCUCAGCUCCUACCACACAAAGAACACCGCCUACCUACCCCAAAGGGCCUUCCUCUCCUAAAGAGCUUGAGAAACCUCUACACCACCGCAGGUCUCCAAGCCCCAGGUCUCCAAGCCCCACCAUGCAGAGAGGACCAUCACCGACCAAUGCCAAAGAGCCAGCCUCUGCCUAUCCCCCUAAGCCACCACGGCUGUCCCCCACCCCGAUUUCCACUACUUCCAUCAGCCCUCUAACGAAGAGACGGAAGGGAGAGCCGGGGAGAACGUCUCCCGCGCUGAAGAUGACCAUUCCUACCAUCCUGGUGGAGGACGAGCUCAUGGAAAUGGAAGAGGAGGAGGCCGGAGAGAAGAGAGAGAGAGAAAAGAUGAGAAGAGCAGGGAAGAAGGAGGGCAGGGCUUCCAAGACUCAGAAGAAGGGAAAAGUCUCAGGAAAGUCUUGGGAAAGUCAGCCUAUGUCUCCUGAGACAGGAGACGAUUCAGAUGACUCUUACAUGUCGGCAGAUGAGGGGCCAGCUGAGAAACCAGCGUUUGAGAGGCCCCUGGGGGACACCAUCGCCACUGCUGGCUCUGAGGUCCUGCUCAAAUGUGUCAUCACUGGCAGCCCCCUCCCAAUAGGUAGGUCAUCUCCAUGUAGAGGUUAA